AUGGGAUUCUCACUAAUUACUGUCAAGAAUACCGUGUUGAGAAAGGAUAGCAGAGACGCUGGAGACAAGUAUCCACGCUACAAUCACAUUCUAUCGUUUGCUUCAGACCUUCGACGAAUCGCAACGGAAAUGAAUACCAAGGGACAAGCUGUUAACUUUAGAGUCCUUUUUAACCAUAUCAAGAUGCUAUUCGCGGAUCAAUUCAAGACUCCAUGCAAGGAAACGAUUCGCUUGUUGAUGAAGAAAAUGGGUUUCCGUUAUCAGGAUGUCGGAAACACUAGGAAUUUUGUCGAGACCGAGGAUACCAAGGCCAAGAGGUGGCACUACCUUCAAGGGCGACGGUCCGACAAAUAUAAGGACGCCGUGUUUGUGUAUUCGGACGAAUUCUACUGUAACCAGAACCAUGUCAAUAGCAAGAUUUUCGAGAUGUACCUGGACGAGCUGUGUCGCUACUGCAAGGAGGAUCUAGGGUUUCCUGAAGUUGUAUUUUUCAUGGACAAUGCCAAGUAUCAUCCACUUUGCAAAGAAAUCCAGCAAAUGUUAUUCGGCUGCGAUGAUCGUACGCCAUUGAGCAGCGAGAUUGAAAGAGGAGACAUAGGCUUUAUCCUUCAUCGAAGAUAUGGAUCAAAUCGUAUCAGCACCAUGUUCUGCCACUUCAAGGAGGCAUGCAUCAACGGAGCUACACUUACCCCAGGCGAAGAAAACUAG